AAUGCUGUUCUUUCUUUGUGCGGAACUACAACAUGACAGCGCCCUUGAGUUUGUAAACACUAGACUGGUACCUGAAAACAAAGCCCGAAAAAUGAUAGAAAACUUGAAAAGAAUUUCUGUUACCACAAAUAAAACUCUAUGUAGAUAUCUCCGUUUUAAGAAUACUUCUUCAAAAGAUGAAACAACAUUAUUAAAAAGUAAACGAUAUUCAAAGACACUAAAUCUUCCCCAGACAACUUUUCCAUUAACAAUGAAAAAUGGAGCUUCUGUACAGCGUGAAUUACAAAUUCAAAAGACUAGUGCCUUCCAAAAUCUAUAUCAGUGGCAAAGAAAACAGAACUGGGAUCAAGAAUUUGUUUUACAUGAUGGUCCCCCUUACGCAAAUGGAAAACCUCAUGUUGGACAUAUGGUCAAUAAGGUGUUAAAGGAUAUAACAAACAGAUAUAAAGUCUUAAAAAAACACAAAGUUCAUUACAGGCCAGGAUGGGAUUGUCAUGGUAUGCCUAUUGAACUAAAAGCAAUAACUGACCAAUCUGGCAAGCAUCUCCAAUUGUCACCAUUAGAAAUUCGCACAAAAGCUAAAAUAUUUGCAGAGAAAACUUUGGCUGAGCAGAAAAAAUCUUUUCAAGAAUGGGGCAUUAUGGGAGAUUGGAAGAAUGUCUAUAAAACUUUGACACCAGAUUAUGAAGCAAAACAACUGGAUGUUUUCUUUGAAAUUUACAAAAAAGGUGAUAUUUAUAGAGAUUACAUGCCAGUCUUUUGGUCUACUUCCUCCCAAUCAGCCCUUGCAGAAGCUGAAUUAGAAUACAAUGCAAACCAUGUCAGCAAGUCCGUCUAUGUCAAAUUCCCUUGUACUAAAACCCAUUUUUCAAAUCUGUCCAACAGUGACCAAGUAUAUGCAAUAAUAUGGACCACAACUCCAUGGACUCUUCCUUUCAACCAGGCAGUUUGCUAUAGCCCUAAAAUAAAGUAUAGUUUGUUACGGAAUCAAAAGAGAUCAGAAGUGUAUCUGUGUGAAGAGAAAUUUGUGGAGAAACUGAAGGAACUUGUCAAUGAUGACUUAGAUUUGUUGUCAACACUAGAAGGCUCACAGUUAGAAGGUUUAAAUUAUGUUCAUCCACUAAAUAACAACAAGAUGCCAUUUCUGCCAUCAAGCCAUGUCUUGGAAGGGAAAGGUACUGGACUUGUCCAUAUAGCCCCAGCACAUGGACAUGACGACUUCUUUGUAGCUCUUCAGCAUAACCUGUCCAGAGAGUGCCAUGUGAAUGAGAAAGGGACAUUUGUGUCUGGAGUGGAUGAAAAUCUUAUUGGUAAAACUGUUGGACUGGAUGCCAAUGAUGCAGUCAUAACUGCUUUAGGACAACAUGUAAUAAAAACAGAAAAUUAUUUGCACAGCUAUCCAUAUGAUUGGCGAACCAAACAGCCUAUCAUCAUCCGAGCUAGUAAACAGUGGUUCAUUGAUUUAAAAAGACUUAAGCCUCUUGCUCUGCAAAGUCUGUCUGGUGUAAAGAUCAUCCCACAGCAAUCAGAGCGUGGUAUGGUCAUUGAGCUAAACACCCGACCAUAUUGGUGCAUCUCUCGACAACGUGCAUGGGGUGUUCCUAUUCCAGUAUUUUAUCAUAAAGCUACAGAUGAACCCCUUAUAACAAGUGAAACUAUAGAGCAUUUAAAAAACUUGGUGUUAAAACAUGGCACUGACUGUUGGUGGAAUCUGCCUGAAGAAGAGUUACUUCCCCUAAGUAAAGACAAAGCCAAAGAUUAUGUUAAAGGAUCUGAUAUUCUCGACAUUUGGUUUGAUAGUGGUGUCUCAUGGGCAUCUGUUUUACAAGAAAGUAAUGGGAAAGCUGAUGUGUACCUUGAAGGUAUUGAUCAAUUUAAAGGUUGGUUUCAGACAUCUCUCUUGACCUCAGUAGCAGUGAGAGGUGAGGCUCCCUACAGGCAAAUCAUAACUCAUGGUUUUACCACUGAUGAGGAAGGUAAAAAAAUGUCAAAAUCUGUUGGGAAUGUUGUUGAUCCUGAGGAGGUCAUCUUUGGAGGCAAAGAUAAGAAAAAGAAUCCAUCCUAUGGAGUAGAUGUGUUGAGAUGGUGGGUGGCUCACAGUCAUCAUCAUUUACACAUUAUGGUGGGGACCACCCUUUUAGAAAAGUUCCAGGAAGAUGUCUUUAAGGUUAGAAAAUGUAUGCGCCAUCUUGUAGGCAACCUAUUUGACUUUGACCCUGCCAAGGACAUGGUUGAAUAUAAUAAGAUGAAUCCAAUUGAUCAAUAUUUCCUCUACGUUCUCUACACAACAAUCACCCAGAUGGAAGAAGCUUAUGAGAGUUUCAGUUAUCACAAAGUCAUUCAAUUGCUGGAGAAGUUUUUCUAUUCUGAUUUGUCUAGUUUCUACAUCAACAUUACACAUGAUAGGUGUUACUGUAAUGCUGCUGCGGAUCAUGCUAGAAGGUCAUGUCAGACUGUACAGUACCAUGUGGUCAAUCUUAUCACUGCUGGGUUCGCCCCAAUUAUUCCUCAUCUAGCAGAAGAAAUUUUCAGACAUCUUCCAAAAUCUCAUUCAGAUACAGACAGUACAGAUAGUAUUUUUAAAUUAGGAUGGUGCAAGCCUCUGCCAGCAUGGAACAAUGUCAAAGCCUUCAAUAAACUUUUGCCUGUAUUUGAUAUGAGACGAGUAGUGAUGGAUAAAUUUGCCCUGGAGAGUCCAGUGGAAUUUGAUAUUCAUAUCUACAGCAGCCCUAGACUUCAUGACCUGCUCAGGGAGCUACAACCUGAGUUGACAUCCUCCACUUCUUCUCUAUGUGAGCUCUUUCAAACUUCUCAAGUGUCUGUGCUAGAUUCCCCACCAAUCAUCAUUCCUGAAGACAGCUUUAUACUUGAAGGAAGAACUCAUCUUUUAACUGAAUCUUCAUCAGUUGAAGUAGACUAUAAAAUAUUAGUGACAUCAGCUCAAUUACACAUGUGUGAAAGAUGUCGUCGCUAUACAGCCAAAUCAACGACGGUGACUUGUGAUAGAUGUCUAAAUGCAAUGGCCAAUGACUGGGCAACAUGAUAAAAUACUCAAAACUAGAAUCUAGUUUUAUGUUAUUGUAAUUUUAUUGUCUGAUGAUUUUAUGUCAUAAAACAUACAGAAUAUCA